AUGCUGUCCAAGGCGUUGGGCAAGGCCAAUACUGCCGUUCAGCUCGAUAAUGCUCAAAACUACGAAGGCGCCAGAGAGGCAUAUGUGGAAGCAUGCGAGCUUCUGCACCUCGUACUAGCGAGAACGACAGGCGAGGAGGACAGGAAGAAGUUGGAAGCAAUCCGUGGCACGUACACAAGUCGCAUAACCGAGCUUGAAAGCCUGCUGCCUUCGAGACCGAUAGAAAAGCGCCUGCCGGCACGACCACAAAGUAUUGAACGGGUAGACAGCCCGGAAGAUAUGACUGCCUACGAUGACCCCGAUGACCCGAUCAUCAUCGAAACCGCCACAGUACUUGUGCGUGAGGACGCGCAGGCAGCUCUGCCCCCACCUGCAGGCCUUGCGCCAAGUCCUAUCCCCUCUGACUCUAGCCGAUCAAUAAGCCAUACCACUUUGUCACCUGGCCCGGGACAUAUGAAUGGACCGAGCUCACCAUUACAAUCGUCCUUCUCGGUCCGCAGACCUUUUGGCGGAAACUCACUUGCAAUCCCUCGUGGUGAUGUCAUGCCGGCACCACUAUCGCCCCGCAGAGUGCCGUCACCGUUCAAGCCUCCAAGCCCGGAGCCGAUUGUGCGACAAGACUUUUCUCUGCCGUCCGAUCGGCUUGCUGCAACUACAUACACCAAGCCUACGCACACCAGGAACCCCAGCCACGAGUCAGUAUCAUGGUUGGACCCGAUUGACGAGAGCGGCGGAUCUGCCUGUUCGUCCGUCCACUCCAGGACGUCAUCACUGGGCAUCCGGCGGAAACACAUUCGUGGAGUGAGCGGAGCCACUGAAGCCGAGUUUGAUGCGGCCCUCGACGCGGCAGUCGAGGCAGCUUAUGACGACGGCUACGAGCCCGCAGACUCCGAUGCAUAUCAUGAUACAGACCCCGAAGAUGUUGUAGCGAACGCCAUGCGCAGAGUCGAACUUGCAAAGAAGAGGGUCCGGCAGACCGAGCGCGAGGCAGGCAUCGAGUCGGAGCGUGACUGGGAUAAGCAACAGCCAUACAUGGCACUUGAGCGCGAUUCCAUGACUUUCGGAGAGCUGUACAAUGGCAGUGACUCUGAAGAGGAGGAGCGCAUGCUGGACGAGAUGACCAGAGAUUACACCAUGGGCGACUUCUCAUUCUCCUCCAGGGAUAAGCAACAGUCGAGAGUCACGAGAGAAUCCAAUUCAAGCGGCGUGACGAGUCGCACGUGGAACACGUCGUCCAUGGGAUCCAAUGCGCCCACGGCUACGUCGGGGCUGUCGACGGUCAACGAGAACUCACAGGGCUCCAUGAACAUGUCACCGCCGACACUACCUCCUAUCGGAGCACUUCCGCAGAUUCCUUCGCCCCAGUCGAAAGGUGCCUCGGGUAGUGUUCGGGCCCGAAGAUUGUCUGGACAGGGUGCGAAGCAGCUCAAGAUUGAGACUGCAAAGUUGGGUUCCCCUCCACGGAUGCCACCUCCAGAUAUGCCUGCAUCGGCAAUACAAGCCAAGAGUGGUGGCUAUAUCGCUCAACAGCGCCAGAACCUUUCGAGCUCCGCUGGAGGCAGAGCUGCAAACUUCUCACUCCGAACACCCUCAUCACCAGUGCGGACAGCAAGUCCAGCAGGUGCGAUGGUCCCUCCUCCCACACCACCGCCUCCGCCGCCAAACUUUUCCGCAUACGAGCACGACGAGCGGGCCGACUCGCCCUCCUCGAUGGCACCCAACCUGCGCACCAACUUCUCGUCAUCGAGUCUGAAAUCCCUCAGGCAGCGCCAGAUGUCUGUUACGGGCUUCGAGGAAGCAGACCUGUCACCAAACACACCCCUGAGCACAACAAUGACAAACAAUUCUCUGACAAGGCAAACCUCCAUACCUGCAGUCCCGCCUACGCCCAUGGGACUAGGGUUUAAUGGCAAGAGCGGGUUUGGUGGCAUGCAGCUAUUCGAGUCUGAUUUCCACCUUGCAUCACCGACGACGUCAACUCAUAUGCAGCGCACCUCCAAGGAGCAGUCAGACGACAUCCCGCUUGCGCUCGAGCCCUGCCCAUCAGACGUGAUGCUCAGGCCAUUCUGGUUGAUGCGUGCGCUGUACCAGACCCUAGCCCACCCGCGCGGGGGCUAUGUUACCAACAGGCUGUUCGUUCCCAGGGACGCGUGGAAGGUCAAGGGCGUGAAGCUGCGGAACAUUGAGGAAAAGUGCUCGCAGUGCGAUCUGCUGACUGCGGCCCUAUCAAAGCUAGCGUUAGUGGACAGCAACGAUGCCGACGCCGUUCUCGAAGAGAUGCAGAGUCUCGAGGGCGUACUCGAGACGGUGCAGCAGAACCUUAUCAAGAAGCUGGGCAACGAAGUCGGCACCCAAGGCGUGACGUCGUUGGGCGGCGAGAAGGACGGCGAAAGCGCGCCUCCAGUCCCACGCAGCGCCAGUGUCAGCGGUAAAGGCGGCGCCUUCAGCUGGCGCCGGCUCCGGAGCAAGAACUCGGCAGCCAACCUGACGAGCGCAUACGGCGGCAAGAGCAGCAGUGGCGGUAGCGGCACUUCGGUGCCGGAGCACAAGGAGGUGACGAGUGGGAGCUUCGGGGCCGGUACGCUACCUAGCCUGCCGAUGGUUGCGCAGCCGAUGAGCCGGCCGGCGAAGCGGGAUGUGCUGUCUGUCAAGUUUGACGGGCCGUUUGCUGGGUACAUGGCCAGCUUGGCGCGGUUGUUUGACGCUGCACAGACAGUUGAUCAAAUUGCCCGCCAAGUGGACGACCCUGGCUUGCGCCACGCCGACAAGACGCAGGUUGGGCUGGAGCUGUGCACGCGCCACGCCGCCGAGUUCUUCAGCUUCUACAUCUGCCGAUUUGUGCUUACAGACCUGGGGAUGCUGCUUGACAAGUUUGUCAAGCGGGGAAGCGAGUGGGUAUUGACAUGA